UGCAUUCUUUUCUAAAGCUAUAUUAGGGUUUUCAAUACGAAAAAGUUGUUUAUCCCUGAUUCUAAGUAGCAUAAUUGUGGGUAGUGCUUGUACUGAUAUAUCCUACUAGUCAGAUCCAGCAUAUCAUAUUAUGGUUAUUUGGUGUUUAUAGUCUUCAAUCUAAGAAGAUUUUGAUGCUAGGGCUUGUUCAAACCUUGAGUUAGAUCCUAGGGCUUUUUUAAGUUGUGGGUUUUCCUUUAUCUGUGUUGUUAUCUUGAAACGUACCUCCUUUACAUAGAUGAUUUUCAGGUUCAAAGCUAGUGAUGGAAAAAUGAAACUCAAAGCAAUGCUUCCACCCAAUAGAGGCAGCGAAGUCAUUAGUGCUGGUAUGAUAGUCAAUGACUGGGCUGCAUAUUGUGGUCAGAAACCACAGCUACUGAGCUUUCUGUCAUCGGAAGUGUGUUUAAAUUGAGAGAGGCUCAACCUAGCUCUGUUCAUGAUGAGAUGAGGAAAUCUUUGAUUGACAGCUUUGUUUGACCCAACUCAUAUGGGUUAGUUGAAUUUGUAGAUGAUCUAUUGAAAAGAAUUCAGAUGACAUACCAGAAAGGCUUAAAUUAUUCUAUUUAUAAUAGGGAACGGGUGUGGAACAUCUGUGCUUUAAAUCUUCUCGGCAUUGGAGAAGGCAUCUUGCAAGAUCAAAUGGGUCUUGGCAAGACUAUUCAAACAAUUGGAUUUCUUGCUCAUCUGCAAGGAAAAUGGAUGCAUGGACCUUAUUUAGUACUAGCUCCUCUUUCUACCUUAUUGGAUUGGCUAAACUCAAAGCAGUGCUUCCAGAAGAUGUUUGAGUAAAUAUAGUUGGAAAUAUGUUAUUGUAGAUGAGGUUAGUGGCCGGUUAAUUACUCUAAUCCACUCAUGAUUUUCUUUGAAUAUAAUGCAACUGCCUUGCAAACUUGUGUUUUGUGCUCAUACAAUCUUAAAAUAUUUUGCACUUUCUCAAUGACCUACAAUGUCGCAAGGGAGCCACAACCUAAAGUCGCCCUGAAGGUGCGACCUUUUUGCGGAUAAUAAUAACCGAACUCUGAGUCCAAGACUCAGGCUGAUCGUGCUGCCUUGUUUAGCCUCCACCCAUGUUCUAAAAUAAACCCUCUUCUUACAAUAUCAUUCUUAUGGCCUGU